CCAAUUAGUGUUUCACCAAAUCUUCUUUCCUCUCUCCCACCGCCAACACGAUCUUUCUUCAACCUUCGAAACGUAAAUUUAAAUACUUGAAACGCACUACGCUACUUCCCUCUUGUCUGUAGUAUUUCAGGCCAGAGUCCGGACAGCAAAGAGACGUGUUUUACAGGUACAAGAAAGACAGGAGACCAUUUCUUGGAUUGCAUCCAUGAGAUCACAUCUAUGGCUUUGCCUAGGAUGACUCACUCUGCUUACCGAGUUGAAACCAUUGCUCGUCUUGCUCAGUGGAGGAUUGACGAUCUUCCCUCCUCCACUUACCGCAAGUCCGAUGCUUUCAAGAUCGGCUACUGGAACUGGCAUUUGGCGGUGGAGAAGAACAGAGCGCUGUAUGUUAAACUAUACCCAGAAUUCUCAAAUGUAACGAGAGAGAAUCCCCCCAUUGCAUCCUUCAUAAUCCAGGUUGUCUGCUCAGCUGGAGAUCGAAAAUCUUUCACUCAUCCAGAAAUAACAGACAAGCAGCUGAAGAAGAACGACGAUUUCGUCUGGCCGGUUGAGGCUCCUUUGACAGGGACAUACAUUAUCGACGUUGAAUUUCUCGAUCUCAAGACUGCAUCUUCGAAAGGUGGGGAACCUUGCUCCAUUUGGACUGAAGGGUUCACACAAAAUCAACCCAAUUCAGUUGUUCAUGCAUGUCUCGGUCAUAUGUUAACACAGGGCAUCCACAUGGACAUCGUUAUUAAUGCUUCGAAUGGGAGCAUCGGAGCCCACCGUGCUGUUCUUUCCGCACGAUCGCCUGUUUUCCACAGCAUGUUUUCGCAUAACCUGCAAGAAAAAGAACUCUCAACCAUAAACAUAGCCGACAUGUCAAUUGAAGCUUGUCGGGCUUUCCUAUGUUUCAUUUACGGAAAUGUCAAACAUGAAGAGUUUCUGCCCCACCGGCUAGCACUUCUCCGGGCAGCUGAUAAGUACGAUAUCUCGGACUUGAAAGAGGCGUGCCACGAGAGUCUGCUAGAAGAUAUCGAUACACAGAAUGUCUUCGAGAGACUCCAAACUGCAGUUUUAUACCAACUUCCAAAACUUAAAUCCAGUUGCCUGCAAUAUCUUGUGAAAUUCGGCAAGAUAUAUGAUAUUCUAGACGAUUUUAGUACUUUCAUGCAAUUUGCGGAAAGGGAGCUGAUAGUUGAUAUAUUCAAUGAAGUUCUAAAUACCGGGAAAGGAUCCCAAGAUUCCACCAAUGGUAAACAACAAAGUUAAGCAUGUUUAAGUCGGCAGUACUCAUAGCAUAAACGAAGAUUAUAGCGAGCAGGAUCAUGCAUGUAAGGAUUAUUCUUUUGUUUAUAUGGAAUUCAUGUGUCCAUGUAGAUAUACAUAUAUGGGAUUCAUGUGUACACAUGUAAUGUAUUUGUUCCAUUUGACAAGAACAUGCUAUCCUUGUAAUCAAAAUUUAAGUAAUGCUUGGAAUCUUGUAUUUCAUUCAUGACAAAUUCAUGCAACUCAUGAAGUUGCAUAGGUGAAAACAGUAUACAAAUAGUGUUUUAUUUAUAACCCAAAAAAAGGUUACUUUAAAGGUUAAAACAGAAACCUUAAAACCCAAAAUCUUUCAGGUACGCCAUUCACCAAUGUUGGACUCAAAUAUCCCAUUUGAAAGGGAAAAUCUCAAAUGCGCUACCAAUAACCAAAGCAUCA